UUCGUGCUGAGUUUUUUUCAUGUUCCUGCACAACCUCUUAUAAGUUUUUUCCUGUUCUCUUUCACCGGUGCUGCUCAAGCUGCAGCUCAUUGACAGCCUGCAUCCUCACAGAGAGCCCUCGACUGCGGGAUGGGUGCUCUCUCAAUGUGCUGGGUCUUAUGGAUGUGUGUUUUCAUGUUUCCAGGGUUGACAGCAGCAAGCGGCUCAAACCUGUGCACCUCCAGAGGAGCCAGCACAUGCAAGCAAUGUCUGGCUGUUCACCCCAGCUGUGCCUGGUGCUUCCAAGAGGACUUUGGCCAUGGAGUUGCCAGCUCAUCACGUUGUGACCUGAAGAAGAACCUGAUUGCAGCAGGAUGUGAUCCAUCAGGUCUGGAGUCUCCAACCAGCAGACUCCAGGUGAUUGAGGAUCGGCCUCUCAGCAACAAGGCGGCUGGAGCAACCCAAGAUGUCACGCAGAUAAAGCCGCAGAAACUGCAAAUCACUCUCAGGCCAGAUGAUGCAAAGCGUUUCACAGUGAAGGUGCGUCAGGUAGAAGACUACCCUGUUGACCUUUACUACCUCAUGGACCUGUCCUACUCCAUGAACGAUGACCUUUUCCGCCUGAGGACGCUGGGCCGAGGCCUGGCUGAAGCCAUGAACAGAACAACCAGCAACCUGCGCAUGGGCUUUGGGGCUUUUGUGGACAAGCCGCUGUCGCCGUACAUGUACAUUUCACCUGAGGCAGCUGUGAAAAACCCCUGCUACAGCAUUAAUACCACCUGUCUGCCCCAGUUUGGCUACAAACAUGUCCUGUCCCUGACGGAGGAAGUGGGUCGCUUCACAGAGGAAGUGAAAAAGCAGAUGGUGUCCAGGAACCGAGAUGCCCCGGAGGGAGGAUUCGAUGCUAUCAUCCAGGCUGCUGUGUGCAAGGAGCAGAUUGGCUGGCGUCCAGGUGCUUCCCACCUCCUGAUUUUCACCUCAGAUGCCAAGACCCAUGUGGCUCUGGAUGGUCGGCUCGCUGGAAUCGUGCAGCCCAACGAUGGAAAGUGCCAUCUAAACUCUGACAAUAUGUACAGCAUGUCCACCACUAUGGAUUAUCCAUCACUUGCUUUGAUCACAGAGAAGAUGUCAGAGAACAACAUCAACCUAAUCUUUGCAGUCACCAACCCUGUGGUGCCCCUUUACCAGAACUAUAGUGAGCUUAUUCCUGGCACCACAGUGGGAACAUUGUCCAACGACUCUGGAAACGUCAUCCAGCUCAUACUAAAAGCCUAUGCUAAAAUUCGUUCCAAGGUGGAGCUGGAGCUUCUAGGCGUCCCAGAGGAGCUGUCCUUGUCCUUUAACGCCACCUGUCUGAAUGGAGAGCUCAUCCCAGGCCUGAAAUCCUGCUCUGGGCUGAAAAUAGGAGAUACGGUCUCGUUUAGCGUGGAGGCCCGUGCUCGCGGCUGUCCCAAACAAAAGAAGAAAACCUUCAUCAUCAAGCCUGUGGGCUUCAAGGACUCCCUCUCCAUUACGGUCACAUUUGAGUGUGACUGCAAGUGCCAGAGCAAAGCCCAGCCAAACAGCCCUAAAUGUACCAACGGGAAUGGCACCUACGAGUGUGGCAUGUGUCUGUGCCACCCUGGCAGGUUGGGGCCGUACUGCGAGUGUGCAGAGGGUGACUUCAACCCCAUGGAGCAGGACCGCUGCAGCGGGCCUGCCGGAUCUGGAGGAGCCAUCUGCAGCGGCCGUGGGGACUGUGUGUGUGGCCAGUGUGUGUGCCACAGCAGCGACUUUGGGAAGGUGUGGGGGAAGCUGUGUGAGUGUGAUGACUUCAACUGCCUGCGAUACAAGGGAGAGCUAUGCUCAGGCCAUGGCGUGUGUAACUGUGGUUUCUGCCAGUGUGCACCAGACUGGCAGGGCGAGAACUGUAACUGCUCCAGACGCACAGACACCUGCAUGUCCAACCUGGGUCUGCUCUGCAGCGGCAGGGGCCAGUGCGUUUGUGGGGUCUGUGAGUGCACCCAACCGGGGGCAUAUGGGGCCACGUGUGACAAAUGCCCCACCUGCCCAGACGCUUGUACCAUGAAGAAGGAGUGUGUGGAGUGUAAACACUUCAAGAGGGGCAAGCUGCAUGACGAUAACACCUGCAGUCGAAUCUGCAAGGAUGAGAUUGUGCUUGUAGAUGAAAUAGUGCUCCAUGACACAAAUGCUGUAAACUGCUCGUACAAAGACGAAAACGACUGUGUGGAGCGAUUCCAGUACUACGAGGACGCCAGUGGCAAAUCCAUCCUGUUUGUGGUCAAAGAGCCUGAUUGCCCCAAGGGUCCGGACAUUUUGGUGGUGCUUUUGUCUGUGGCGGGAGCCAUCUUGUUUCUCGGCCUGUCUGCUCUGCUGAUCUGGAAGCUGCUGGUUACCAUCCACGACAGGCGGGAGUUCGCCAGGUUUGAGGAAGAGCGCGCUCGUGCCAAGUGGGACACGGUACACAAUCCUCUCUAUAAAGGAGCAACAUCUACCUUCACAAACAUCACAUACAGAGGAAAAGACUGAUUCUACUGAAUGACAAAGGGUAGAGGAUGAAAUACUGGACUUUAAGGUCCUUUGGGAGAAAGCAACGAGUCAUGUGCAGCCUUCUACUGUCACAAAACAAUAACGUGUGUGUAAAUAUGUAGAAAUUAUUCUGAGGACACAUUUUUAUCAGGGUCAGUCAUUCAUGUCACACUGAUGAAAAUACUUGUUGUUUUGCAUAAUUUACUGAGGUUUGUUUUGUUGUUCAGGUCAGAAUAUAAACUUGUUUCUCCCUCAAUCACAUAUUUCAACUUGUAGCUUAUUUUCAUUUUUAUAUUAGGAAUCACGAAAUAUAUAAAAAGAAACAUGGAAGGGGAAAAAAGCAAGCAGAAGACAGCUGAGGUGGCAGCUGAAAAUUCUGAUAAAUUUUUGGUUUGGUUCUGAUCAGCAUUGCUACACUGAUGUGAGCAGGCAUGCAUCACUGCUGCCAUUUUCUCAGCAACCGUGUAACUACAAAAGAGUUAUAUAAGAGUCAUGCAGUGGUUGCAUAAAACAUAGUAGCAGUGAAUGGAAGCAGCUGAAAGUCAAUUUUUACACCUAAACAGUCUGUAAGGAUUUGACUACAAUACAGUGUUGAAACAUAAUUUUAUAGACACAUUUUAAGCCACGCUUUCAGACGACAAGACAUCAAGAAGUGGCAGAGCCUUUCCAUUUUAGAGAGGCAUUUAUCCAAAUGGCCAUUAUGUGUUUUGAAACAUGAAAAAAAAUAUUAUUUAUUUACUCAAUGUGCCAUACUUUCAAGAUGCCAUUUGAAGAAGAAAAAUUAAGCAUUGCCAUAUGGUUUAUCUUUGACUUCAGCUGGAUACAUUUUCUGUUUUAAACCUUUUUUUACCAGGAAUAUUCCUGUUGAGAUUCAGAAUCUAUUGUGCAAGGUAGUCCUGCCAAAGACAGUAGACCUAUAGUUUCACAACACCCCAAGUUGAAAAACACAACAUAAAAUAAACUAGUUAGAACUGGUAAAUUUGUCAUUUCUAUCAAAGCACUAAAACAACCAGCAGCUUUCUAUAACUGGUUUUGUGCAUUCAGUGGUCCAGUAGCCCUUAGCCCUACUGAUUUAUAAUCCUUGCUUGGCAGUUCAUACACAUUCAAGAUGUCCCUGUAACAUACACCAGUUUGUGUUUGAGGAAGGACAAACAUAAUUUGUCUAUCUGACAAGAUGGCUCCUGGUGAUUUAAGGAAACAAAGGAGUCAAACACCUAAAAGGGCCUUGAAAAGAAAAAUGGACCAACCAACAAUAUGUGAACAAGAAAAAUCCAAAAAAUAAAUUCAUACCUGUUCAAUUAACUUGUCAUUUGAAGUAAAAAUUUGACAAGUGGCAUCAGGUUGCAUCCUUUGAUUCAGAAAGGCACAACACUUUCUGAAUGAUAUUUUAAAGACAGAUGCAGAUUAUCUGGGCCACUUGCUAAAGAUGAAGCAGAACAAGAUAUAAAUUUAGUGAAAAGUAUUUUUUAUUACUUUACAAGCUUUAUGCAAGAUUAGUUACAUCCAGUGUAAAGCGGACAGAGACUAAGGCAUGUUUAGCAUGAGCGAAUAGUAUUGAUACAGUGACAAAAAAUAAGCUUUGUUUCCUGAUCACAACGUUGAGAUUUCCUAUGUGGGUAUUCAGAGGAAAUGUGCCAAGUUAGACUUUUUUUCUGCCCAGUUGCUGCCAGCUAAAAAAUAUGGUUUGGAGUAAACAUUUCAAGGCAAAUUCAUCCACUGUGCUGAACUUUGUAAUCACAUAUUUAAAGAUGUAAACAACAAAAACUAUUUACAGAUUAAUUUAUCUAAUAAUUCACUUCAAAACCAACUAUGUAAAUAAUAUUUUUCUCCUUCACAGAUGCAACGCAAUGAUUACAAAGAAGAAAACUGGAGUAGUUCAGGUUGCAGAAGUUAUUUAACAUAAAUAAUCAAAAAUGGGUUUCACUUCCCACAUAGAACCCGUUUCAUUUUACAAUAAGUGCUUUGGGUUAAAUAAAUGUUCAUCUAACUUGGUAAUUAGUUAACACUGUGACAGAAACAGUUAAAAUUUUUAUAUUUUCUUAUGAAAAUUCUUACAUUUUCUUAUGAAAAUAUUUUCUUUAGAUAUUUUUUCAACAGAAUAAGGAAACCUAUCUAAAACUGACUAUUUCAAAAUAGAUCUUUAUUAGUGUUUAGUUAAAUCCAAACAAUGCUCAAAAUGGGAACCGAACGGACUUUUAAUCUUUUAAUUUGGACUCAGAAGCAGUCUCAGUCAUUCCGUUUAUUCCGUCUUGAAUAAGAUGCUGUUCUAUGUGGUAUUCUGCUAUUAAACAGUGACCUCUAGUGGUCGCUAUUCACUGUAACUUCAGCAGAAAACAGCAAGUGGAUUCUGCCUUGACUAAAAAAUCAAUGAAGUUCUAGUGAAGUAAAAAGUCCUGGCAGUGACACAAGUAUUGCUUUUUAUGGCUCCAUUAUUUUAAGAUGAUUAUUUCUUUUUUUCUAUGGCAUAGUGAAGAAUAAUUAAAAACAUGUAACAGUGAUUCUGACUGGCAAAUACAUCAGGGUUAUAUGACAAGUCAACAGUGUUGACUCUAUUUCUUCAUAGCUAUUGCAGUUCUCCUGGCAUGGUGGAAAUCAACAUCUAGGCCUAAUCCUGCCUGAUGGUGACCUAUUCUUGUUUUAUUAGUGCUCAAAGACAACCCCUAGGUUAGUUUCUGCUUAGCCAACAGUUUUUGGCAAUUGACCACUAGUUCUAGAUUACGCUUUUAUUCUACUGACCAAAUUUUAUUUAUUUUUUUACUACAGACAUCUUUCAUUUUUGACUGUGUUGUUAGACAGAACUGUUAAAAGUUAAGACCCAGUUCCUGGAUGAGAAACAAACCUACGCAUGGAUUCCAUGCAUGGCUCAUGACAUUUAGUGGUACUCACCUUUUGUUCUGGCCUCAGUUUAUUCGAACUUUGCACCAGUUUUCUGCUGUCUUUAAUUGUACUUCCUGCUGAUUUUCUGUCUAUUCUGAAGCAUUUUUGGAUGUAGACGAGGCGUCUCUUCUGCCCUUGUAUAUUUUUUCUUGUAUCACUUGCUGCUGCACUCACUCUUACCUGUUGCUUAUGUUAAACAAGCUCUGCACUGGUGGCAACACCAUGCUGUAAACCCCUCACAAAAUGAGCUCUUUAUGGUGCUUACUGGUCCUCUAAGUUCUUGAUUAGUUUUAAAAAUGUUUUUUUUUUGAGUGAAAUAUUACUACACUCAAAUGGAAUCAGCUGAUAUUUUGUCAGGGGGAAACUCUUGAUUAUGACAGUCUACCAGUAUAAUAUCAGCUCAGAACAAUCACUUUUUAUUUACACAGAUUUUCUUAAAUGGUAAAUGGACUGAAAUUAUAUAGCACCUUUCCACUCAUACUGACCACUCGAAGCGCUUUACAUUAGAGCCACAUUCACCCAGACGCACUCACUAGCACGCACACAUUCAUACACCGAUACGCAGAUCGGUAGGCAAUUUGAGGUUAAGUGCCUUGCCCAGGGGCACAUUGACAUGUGGCAGGAGGAAGCUGAAAUCAAACCCACAACCCUUGGAUUACAAGAUGACCACUCUUUUCACUGAGCCACAGAUGACUCAAAUGGCAGUAAAGAUGCCCAAACUUUUCUGAUCUUAUCAGCAUCAUCUUGACACCUUUAAAUGCGACAAGUUCAUACCUUCUACAUAUUUUUAUUCCUGAAUAAACUACCUGCACAGCUGUAUUCCUGCUUAAUGAAGGACCAAUCUGAUUUCCCUAGAAUAUUUUAGAACACAUGCACAUAAAAAAGUUACUAUAUAAAAUGGAAAAUUAGAAACACAUAGUACCUUACAAAGGUAACCAUACACUUAUACUUGUCCAGGUUUAGUCAUGAAACCACAAUCUUCAUUGAAUGUUACUGAGAUUUUAUGUAAUCCAACAAAACAAAGUAGUGCAUAAGCUGCUGAGCAUUAGUUUGGAUAACUUGGAACACAUCUAUAGACACAGUCAGAUAAUGCACGGUGAAGCAGUUGGUAGCACUGUUGCCUUGCAGCAAGAAGGUCAUGGGUUUGAAUCCCGGGCUGGGAUCUUUCUGCAGGGAGUUUGCAUGUUCUCCCCAUGCGUGUGUUCUCUCCAGGUAAUCUGGCUUCCUCCCACGGUCCAAAGACAUGAUUGUUAGGUUGAUUGAACUCUAAAUUGCCCUUAGGUUUGAGUGUAUCUCUGACUGGUGGAGAUAGGCACCAGCCACCCUAUGACUCUGCAAGGACAAGCGGGUAUAGACAAUGGAUGGAGAGCGCCUAAUUGGGUAGUUUGUACCGAAGCCAUGUGCUGCAGAGGAUGUUGUUGAUUCUGCCUUUACUUUGUCUGCUGUUAGGUAUGUUUUGCUGGGAAUUGUCUUUUACUAGUUUUUUUUUUUUUGUUGGUGAAAAAGUCAAUGUAAAUUAGUGUCGUGUGUUCAGUCACUGAGCAAAAUUUCCCCCUUGGGACAAUAAUGUUUAAUUAAAGAUUAGAGAUAUUUACUAUUAAAGUUAGUUGUGAAGUAAAACGAAAAUGAUAAAUGGUUUUCUGGAGUUUUCCAAAUAAAAAUAUGAAAUGUG